CCGGCGACGAACCGUUUUUUAAAGCCGGCGGGUGUCCAUCUCGUCUCUCUGCACUCCGGGCUCCUCGUUCUGUCCUUUUCUCCCUACCAGUCACUCAUUGCACCCGUCCGCGUCCCUUCUUCCGUCGAUUCCGACCGAUCGAUCCUCCAAUGAAGGCCGCCAUCUCGGUCGGCACCGUGCUGGCCCUCGCGCUCGCCGUCCGCGCCCAGGCGGAGCACUACCUGGGCUGCUACGCCUCGCCCGGCAACCUGACCAACCAGGGCCCCAACGUCUACCAGUCGGUGGGAUUAUGCGCUCAGCUCUGCGCCCAAGAUGCGGCGCCCUUUGCGGCCGUGCAGGCGGCGGACUGCUGGUGUGGCGCGGCACCGCCCGCGCCCGCCAGCGUCGUCGCGCACACGCAAUGUAAUACCAACUGCCCCGGCUACCCCAUCGAUACCUGUGGUGGUCACAAUGUCUGGUCGGUGUAUCAGCUGGGCAUCCUGGCGGACCCGGACGAGGGUGGCCAGGGCGAUGGUCCGCCGCCGGGCACCGGGGGGGGUGGUGGCCCGAAUAAUGGCGGAGGAGACGGCCCUGGGAAUGGCGAUGGGCCUGGUCCGGGCAAUGGGCCCACCACAACGGCAUCGAGCUUCACGGUGUAUCCCACCCCGACGGUGACUUCGGCCACGGUCAGUCAGCCGGCCUCUUGGGCGAGUGCCUCGACCAGUGUGUCCGCAGCCGUGGCGUCCCCCAGCACGGCCACGUCGGGGGCGAGUCGUGGCGUCCGGUUCUUGUUCUUCUAGAUGCCUGCCGUUGAUGGCUGAUUCCAAGCUCCCCCAGCCGAUCGGAGCUGCUUGUUGAUCCCAUCUCUUGUUGUGGUCGUAGUGAACCUCUGCAUGUGCAAUGUGUAAUCCCGUGUACUUUGUAGGCGCAUGCAAAACCAAAC